UUUUUGUAAGCGUUAAAAUUCUACUUACAAAUUUCAUUAAAAUUAUACUAAGUAAUAAAACAUUGUUUUAUUUCUUUUAAAAUAAUAAAGUUUUUAUUUCAAUAUGCAAUCCUUGCCUGCAUUCGAUAUCGACAAAAAUAUCGAUAAUAUUCGCAUCAUUAUUUAUUGGACAUCGAUAUUAAUGCCCAUCACUAUUUUUGACAGUGGUAGGAUUUUUGUAGUCUGUGGUUGUUUUAAUGUUGUCACCAGAUCGGAUCUGAUCCCAUACAUUUUCAUUUUGUAACGUUUACUAUGAAGUGCGGACUCUUAUAACGUAGUGAUUAUAUACUCUUUGCACAAGUCCACAAUACUAAUCUGUAGACACACCCGUUUAAAUAAAUUCGCUUUAUCAUUUUUAUUUCGUAUAAUAUCGACUUACGUUCCUACGUUUACUUUAGAAGUUUAUAAAAUUCACCAUGUCAUCUCGCAAGACAGCCGGUCGUCGCAUUAACAAGAAGCGCGCACAACGUGCAACCUCCAAUGUGUUUGCUAUGUUUGAUCAAGCUCAAAUAGCAGAGUUCAAGGAGGCUUUCAAUAUGAUUGAUCAGAACAGGGAUGGAUUCAUUGACAAGGACGAUCUGCAUGAUAUGCUUGCAUCUUUAGGCAAAAACCCAACUGAAGAUUAUUUAGAGGGAAUGAUGAAUGAAGCACCGGGACCAAUUAACUUUACGAUGUUUCUCACUCUGUUUGGUGAGAGACUGCAGGGCACUGACCCUGAGGAUGUCAUCAAAAAUGCAUUUGGGUGCUUCGAUGAAGAGAACAAUGGUGUGAUUGGUGAGGAGCGACUCCGCGAGCUGCUUACCACAAUGGGCGAUCGCUUUACAGACGAUGAUGUGGAUGAAAUGCUCAGGGAAGCACCAAUCCGCGAUGGACUCUUCGAUUAUGUGGAAUUCACGCGUAUUCUUAAACACGGCGCUAAAGACAAGGACGAGCAAUAAAUUUAGCUUACCAUGGCGGGCUGCUGAUUUUAAUUGAUGUAAUAAAUAUGCACUAUGAAACAACCAAGAAAAGUUCCGGAGAAAUUUGAUUGAAUUCUCAUCAAUAAAGUUGAAAUGUAUGCAGUCCGUCUUAAGAGCUUAUGAUAUUAUAUUUUGCCAAACUAACAUAACUGGUAUAAUUUUUUUAGAAUAAGUUAAUUUGAUAUGGAUUUAGAAAAUCUCAAUGAGGGAUGAAGUUGUUGAUUCCACUACGCAUUUCUGUUUGUAAUUCUACAUGGACCAUAAUAUAAAUACAUUGUGUGUAUGUCAUGUUUCUUGAAAGCUAUUGGACAAACACGGGUGCAAUAAUAAAAAAUCAUUCCUUCAUACUAAAAUUGCAAAAAAAUGUAUUAAAGUAAUUCAUAAAAAUGUUUUAAAUUUAUGAAUUUAUUUAGUUAAGAUGGAAAUUAUAACUUAUAGCGUGUGUAUUUGAUCAUGUAUCUAUAUGUAUUUUUCAUGUAAAUUUUUUAUCUAAUAAA